CGGCGUCUCAGUCCUCGUACGUGCGGCACUCGUCGGUCUCGGGGUUGUCCUUGCAGUACUCCUCGAGCGGGUCGGCGCCCUUCUGGCGGUCGCGGGCGUGGCUGGCGGCGGCGCUGAGCUCCUCCACCUCGUCCCACGCCGCCACGCACUCGCCGCUCACCGGGUCGUCUGCGCACGUCUCCUGCGCCUGCUUGAUGCUCUCGGACACCUUGUCGGCCAGAUCCGGCGGCGUGGGCGGCGAGCUGGCCGCCACGGCCACCAGCCGGCGGCACGCGUGCACAGGGCGGGAGGCGAACGACACGACGCUCUGGCGAGAAGGCAGCGGGGCCGGGGGUUGCCGGAGGGUUCUCGGAGCUGGGAAGGCGGCUAUGGCAGCCAUGGCGGUGACCGUGGUGGCCAUGGCUUGGCGAUUUGGUUCUCUUGGGAGUAGUGAUGGAGUGAAGAGAAGGUUUUCGUUGGGUUUGGGGUGGUAUCCAUUUAUGCCGUUCGACUCUUAUCUCUUCCUAGCCAAUUGCGUGGUGACAAAUCAGCCACGGCAGAUUUUCAUUCUAGAAGCUCUCUGCCUUUUGCUUUCACAACCUUGCCGUCGAAUUGAGCUAAGGUUUCGAUUGCUGGCCAAUAAUAGCGUCUUGUAA